AUGGUAAAUUUUUUUAUUUACGCGACGGAUGAUUCGGUUUCCACGAAUGGAGCUGAUUAUUUCAAUUCAAAAGGAUUGGGGACGCUGAAGACUUUCAACGAUCAAGUUAAGGCUUUGCAGGACAGCGCAGAUGGCAGUGAUAAAGAUGACAGGGUUGUAUACCUUCACUGGAGCAACAGGUGCAUCAGCGUGGAAGAAAAUGAGGUGAUAUGUAGAUACAAUGAAAAAAGCGGAAAUGGUUAUGGCACCUUACCACACACAGUAUUAGACUGGAUGGCAGAAAAUGUAAAAGAAAAUGAUACAGUACAACUACUGUAUGUAAUCACAGAUGGCGCUGUGUAUCCCACUGACAUCAGACCGAUCGAUCCUAAUAUGACAAUUGAUAAUGUGACUUUCUACGCGUUCAACUCGAAUAUACGCGACAUAGAUAUGUCUGUGGCGUCCAUGUUUAUUUGUAAAAAUAAGCGUUACCUUGUACAUUGUAACGAGAAGCUGGUAGAUGAUACAGAUCUAUCGAAUCCUUUCGAUUAUGACCAAAUAACUAUCGAAACGUUCAAUGAGAAAAAGGAAGAAUUGAAGUCAUAUAUUAAAUUACAAUUUCUAAAUAAAUCGUCCUCAGAUCGUAUGGCGUUGGAGGAAAUUAAAAAGCUUAAAAGUUUACAAACACGUUUGUGCAACGAGUUACAAGACGAUAAAGACGAACCUGUCACUCCAGCAAAGAUAGACCUAAACGUGAAAGACAAGGAGACCUUUAUAAAUCUAUUUAAAACUACCAAAUUUAAUAAAACACUGACACAAGCCAAAAAAUACGACGAGAAACAAAGAAUAGGCAGUUGCAUCAACACUUUAGUGAACUAUAUAAAUAACGACCACAAGUCUUUCAACUUUGAUAACUUAAAGUUUAACAAUAAAUUUAGUCUACAACCGGGGGAAGAGGAUGUCGCCGAUGUUUUGUAUAGCAACGUGGAAGAGAUUGCAUUCCCUGAUAUAAUUUUGGACAACGAGAGCGGAGUCCCUGUCAUUUUAUUGACGCACUACAAUUUAAUGGAAAAGAUUUUGUUCAAGAAAGGCCGGAAGAUCCCAGAGCGCUUCGAGAAAUACAAUACGUCAUGUCCUUCCGAGAAGGCACGCGCCCGCGUGACACGACUUGUUGAAGCAGCGCGACUAAUCGACAUGUCACAUUUCUCUCGGUUGAGGAAAACUGUGGAUUGCCCAUUGAUUCUAUUAAAUGAUCCAGACUUCAAAGAUUCCAUUGAAUACUAUUACAAUUUGGAAUCAUUCAAGGGUCUGAUCCAACAUGGAGUACAGACAGGGCCGCGCACACGACGUCCGUUCACAGGCGCCAUUGUGCCGCUUGAAGAGUUCGACGAUUACAAUGACUAUAUCGACUGCCGCAACGAACAGUAUCGAUUCUGA